AUGGAUACCGAUGGUUCCGACCGCGAGGAGCGCGAGACGCCAAGCGCUAUGACCCGACGUGCGUGUGACCAAUGCCGUACUCGGAAGAUUCGAUGUGACAAGCGUGUUCCAUGUUCGAACUGUCGUAGCUCGAACAUCACUUGUCGAUCUACGGGCGAAGGACAGAGGCCGUCCGAGCCCCGGCGUCGUGUAUUGAUUUCUAGCCAGUAUGAGAAGAAGAUUGAUCUUAUCGAAGAGCGUCUUGGCGGCGUCGAAGAGACAUUACAGCGCCUCGGGGGCAUUGAGCAGGCUCUUCGAGAGCUGUUAAUCUCGUCCCGACACCAGGGCGUUGGUAGCACUGCUAAAUUCUCCGCAUCAUCUCUAUCAUCGCCCGAUACUCUGGCCCGAUCGCAAUCCUCAGCGCCCAAGCAAGAUCAUGCAGAUUCAAAAGCCCCUGGGUACACCUCUAACGCUGCUAUCGAGCAGCAUGACUCAGGUUCUACAUUCGAAGGGAAUUCCUCUCUAGCGGCUCAUUCCGCUUAUGCAAAGGAAUUUCUGGAAUCGGCUGUUUCACACAGUACACCUGAAAUGUUCUCUAGCCCGAAGAUCAACGAGGCCCUCUCAUCACUGAAGCAGAUUGUUGAAAUGCAAAGUAAACAGCGAGAUUCUGGAACGCAGAGAGGUCAACUUUCCAGUCGAUUGGGCGCUCGCUGUGACAUACGCGAGUUGGAAAUGCCACCUUUGCCGGUUGUCUUGACAGUGUUGAAAAAAGCUAAAGAAAACCCGCCGGCCUUGUUUGGGGGCUAUAUCCCUUUCUUCUCGGUGGACUAUUUCAUCUCCCGGUGUCAGGAAGUCUACUUUGCGACAGAGGAUUACUCCGACGCAACAUUCAUCAUAGCUAACUUCGGCCUCUAUGGUAUCUUUGUCGAAUUUGGAUUCUGCGAGAAGGAGCCUGCCACCCGAGACGAGUACCAGCGGUAUGUCCAGGUCUGCAAAGAUAACUUGGAGGCGGCAUUGGCAAAUUUGAAUAUUCUUAUGCCAGUCACUAUGGACUCUGUCGUGGCACUCGCUGUUGGUGCACUUCAUGGAAUCGAAAUUUCAAAGCCAUCCGUUAGCUGGACUCUUGCAUCAACAGCUAUUCACAUGUGCCAAACUUUGGGAUACAAUCGUCUUUCCUCUAUGGAGCAUGAUCCUCCCGAACUCCAACACCGGAAGCAGGACAUUUUCUGGUCUGUAUACACAAUUAUGAAUUUGAUGUCGCUGCGCUUGGGACGUGCUUCGGUGGUACAAGCCUGCGACGUGGAUAUACCUUCGCCAUUCGAAUGCUUCCCGAACAUGGGCGUAUGGAGCAUGGUCUGCGCUCUAUGGGCCAGACAGGCCGUUAUCCAGAACAACAUAUACACAAAUUUGUACAGUCCAGCCGCAUUGAACCAGCCAGAAAGUGAACGUGUGAUGCAUGCUCGACAGUUGGCUAUUGAGAUGAAGAGAGAUAUCCUUGAGCCUUUUGAUCAAAUUUUGAAUGCCGACUGGAAUAUUUCUGAAGUCGAUUAUAUCUACCUUCGCUCUGAUGGAGUCAGUCGACUGGCAAUUUUGACUUUGAUAUACCGCGCUAUCCCCGUUGAGCCUGGCUCAUCUAGCACCUUUAUCCCGGAGUGUAUUGAGACGGCCAGAGCAACGUUGGAGCUUCAUCAGGUAUGCAUAGGCAGUCUCAAAGAAGCUUCCGAGAAUCUGCGUUGCUCAUAUAUGCAUUGGGCCAUUUUCCUCUCCCCAUUCGUCCCCUUCAUCGUCAUAUUCUGCCACGUCGUCACAACAUCCGACAGCAAAGAUCUCACCCGGCUCGAAGACUUCGUCGCCUCUCUUCUCCCCCUGUGCCGCUUCUCCCAAUCAAUCGACCGCCUCCAUAACCUCUGCUCAGUCCUCAGCACAGUCGCCCGCCUCUACGUCGAAGCGAAGUCACGAAAACAAGCCGGCGAGGACCAGAACAUGGCGUCCGUAGGCCAGGAAUUCGACGCCUAUUUGAGUGCACUUGGAUUAGCACCUGGAAACGCGAUUGCGAAUAAUCCAUGGGGGGCGUUGCAGCCGGAUGGUUCGGCUAUGACUGCUAGUAUGGCGGACCCGUCGCUCCAAGCAUCUGGGUUUGGGAAUCCGGCUGUGCCAACUCAGGGUCAAGUCCAAGGUCAGGAUAUAUCUGUGGUGGAGAUGUCGCAGGCGGCACAGCUGGGGAGUUGGUUCUCUGGUAAUCAGUACAUGAUGGGGUUGUUGGAGGAGGAUAUGUUUCAGAUCAAUAAUCCUACUUGA